AAAUAUUAAAAUUUUGAUGAAUAUUUUUUUGCAAAAAAAAGGUUUUUAUGACUGAUUCUGAUGUUUCAUUGUUACUUUCUACUAUUGAAAUAGCUUUGCGGCAAUCUAGGACGUCGCUUAAAGAUUUGAAAUUAUUGCCUAUAGAUAAAGGAAUAUCACUCUUAUCAUUGAAAUUGCAUUUAUUUCUUUCAUAUUUACAUAAUCUCGCACUGUUAAUUCUUGUAAAAGUUCAUGGUGAAUCUAUUUCUGAAGGGAAAUAUGCCUUUAUAGUUGAACGCUUGGUUGAACUUAGAGUUAUAUUAGAAAAAGGAAUACAACCUAUUGAGGCAAAACUUAAAUAUCAAAUAGAUAAGAUCUUUGGAAAUCUCUAUAAGCAUGAGUUCUCAGAGAAACAUAAAAUAGAAAAUACAGAAAAUGGAUUAUUAUAUAAACCAAAUCCUAUGGACCUUCUUCCUGUGGAUAGUACCAGUGAUAGAAGUGAUUUAGUGAAAAAAGGGAUUUAUCAUCCUCCUAGAAUUUCUUCUGCUUUACCCUCUGAAUCAGUUGAACAACGUUUACCAUUGAAUCAUACACUUCGAGAUUUUAUUGCUUCAGAGAUAUCGUCAGCACCUGUACCAGGUCCGUCUAUUGGUUCUAAUAUUGUUUUUUAUGGAAAACGGCUUCAUGCAGCUUCUGCUGAUGAGCAAAGAGAUCUUCAACAAAAAAGAAAAUAUGAAGAAGAAAACUUUGUGCGUCUUCCAAGUAAAAAAUAUAAAAGAAAAGGACAAAACGUUUUUGGUGGUGAAGACUGGAGAAUUUUGGAUAAUGAACUUUACUAUCCAGAUUUUUCACCUGAUGAAAGUUUAGUUUCUAAAAGUCGUGAAGAAAUAGAAAAUGAAGAUACUGCUAUAGUGAAACGUUUUGGUGUAGAUUUUAAUAAAAAGAAGAAGGCAUUAGCGAAGAAGAUUAAGUUGAAAGCAAAAAAACACAAAAUUUUAGGCAAGACAAAGGGUUGAAUUUAUUAAAAUUUUUUUUGGAUUAAAUGAGAAUAUGGUUAUGAUACAUUAUUAGAUAUAUAUUAAGGUUUUUUAAACAAUGGCGCUAUUUUUGCGUCCCAUUCAUUAUGCCAACGAUAACGAGUUUCUUCCAUUGCACCUUUUUUUAAUUUUGCUAAUUCCUCAUGUGAAUAAAACAGUUUCUGUUUAAUGAUUAUUCUUAUUAUCAUGGUAGAAUUUGUUUCAAACCUUUAAAGAGUUUGCUAGCUGGUUUGAAGAACUAAAAAUAAUCCCAUUUUUACCGUCUUUUACAAGUUCAGGAAGACUAUAUAUAAUUACAAAUGUAUAAAUAUUUAAAAAAUACAUACGCUGGAGAUUCUAUAGCACAGACAGGAAUCCCGCAACCAAACAUAUCUACUAUUUUCAUUGGUAAAUCUAAACCACUAGAACUAGUAUGAAGACAUAUUCCUAAGUCCGCGCUACCUAUAAAUCGGGGAUAAUCUUUAGCAUCUAGCCAUGCAGUGACGAUCUUGACAUAUUUUAAAUUUAAGUUUUUAAUUUUUUGUUCAUAAAAUUUUCUUAAAGGACCUUUACCAGUAAUAAUUGCAAGUAUAGAUAACGGUUCACGAUUUUUGCUAAGAAUUGUAUUCAUUCUAUCAAAAGUAAUGAAUGCUUCUAAUAAAAUGGAAAAGUCUUCGUCAGCUGUCCAAGAAGUAGAUGAUACUAAUAGUUUUGUUUUUUCAUUCGAAAUAUCAAAAUCAUAAGUAUGAACAAAUGUAGAGAGAAAUGAUGAUUUCUCCAGGUUAUCAAGAGGUUUAAAAUGCAUUGGAGGUCGGUCAUGAAGAGUGUAGAUCGGCGAUCUAUAUUGUUUAAGAUGAUCAAAAAAACUAUAAACUAUACUUAUAUUUCCAUUUUUCUUGAAGAAAAGUUGUCAUUGCAUAGGAAACUGUGAAAUGAAUGUCGGCGCAAUUUCCAAAAACUCGUUCAUACCUGAAGCAUUUGUAACAAUCUUGAUUAAUGACAAAGAUAUUUUACCAUUUGUAAAGUAAUGUCAAAAUAUGUUUAGACCCCAGUUUCAACGAUAGAACAGAGUAUCCCAGAUUAUGCCAGUCAAUAAUUAAUUUAAUUGAUCUCAUCGAACAUAUAAGACGAGUUACUCCAAAAGAUGGAAUAGAAGGUGGAUUCUUUCAAAUAUAAAAUAUUUCACCUAAAUUAAUCAAAAUAUACCUGUAAAACUAAGUAUUCAGUGGAUUGAGGUAAAUAAAACAAGGCAAAAAAUAAGAAAAAUGUUUGAAAAAAUACUUUAAUAGGUCCACUCAAAAGAAAUGAUAAUAUGAAUAUUUUUUGAUUCUUGUAUAUUCGGAAACAACAAUGAUCCUAUACCUAUUUUUCAUCCUUUUUUUACUUAAUUAACGUUAUAUACCUUGAUAUCCUACAAGAUUUACUUCAAAACCAUGUUUUGAGAAUGAAAGAGCAUGGUAUUGCAUUCUUGGGCUCCUACCAAGGUCUCCUAGUGCAACAAGACAUAUAGAUCGUUGUGAUAUCUUACGAUUAUUUUUAUAUCGAGAUCUCAGCAGUUUUUGAAGCCCAAAUCCCGC